GGAAUUUUGUUAAAAAACAAAAAGGUGGAGAGAAGCCGAUUAGACUGGAAAUGGAGAGUUUGGGUUCUUUUCAAGAAUUCAAUAAAGAAACACGAACACAGUGAUUUUUUCUUUGAAGAGCUCUUCUUCAUCACUUAAAAAGAAUCCGUAAAUGGCUCUUGUAAAUAACGCCAAGGAUCACUGGGCAUUUCUGGAAGAAAUUGAAGCACCAAUGUGGGUGGAUUUCACAAUAGAAGAAAAGUCUAACUACCAAGAUGUAGAUGAUAAGUGGUUUCAUACUAGCCAUCCGUUCCACCAGUGUACUUCUCUCCGGUUAAAAGCUGCGUUUGCUCAUUCUAGUGAGAGGAGUAUGUCUUCAGAUUUUGAGUUUAAGGGACCAUCUUCCCCGAAUAUUCCAUCCUCUGUCUCAAGAUCAAGGGGAAAACAUUAUGCAGGCAAGAAAUGGGGAGGAGGUGAAUGUGAUCUUUCAAUGAAUAAGAAGCAUCCAGUUAAGGUGUUAAAUGAUAAGUCUUCAAGGGUGAAUUCAGAACCCAGUGAUGAAAUAAAACCCAAACUAAGCUUUGCAAAUUCUAAAGGAACUUCGAGGUCAAAAUUAAGUAUGGUUUCUGGGAAGACCUUCACUGGAAAUGCUAAGGAAACUGAUUUAAAAGCUAAAUCCGGUCAAGGUGCUAGUGAAAGUAGUUUGAAUUCUGGGGUGGCUAUGGUAAGUGAUAGCAAUACAAGUACUGUUACAUUUGGGAGUGAUCAUCAAGCAAGGCAAGGGAACAUGGAAGUAUUAAGUCGAGGAUUUGAUCACACAAGUGGGCUCCUGUCUGCUGUGAGGAAUGGUCUUAGGAAAAGCUUUGUUACAAGAAAAGCAUCAAGGGUGGAGAUUAAUGAUGAGAAUAACCAAUUAAGAGAUCGCAAGUCUUCAUCCAGCAAAUCUAGUGUUGGAUCGUCUUUGAACCCUGGUCAUGAUGUCAAGAGCUCAACACUUACAUUGAUGAGGAACAAAGAACAAACUCCAGAUAGCAGAAAUGUGGCAAGGAUGACUGAAGCAGCAAGGAAGAAAACAAAAGAUUCUAACAUGUCCAAGACUUCUGAUGUUCGAGUUAAGGAGAAGGUCUUCAAUUCUAGGAAGGGAGCUAUAAGUAAUGUCUCAAAAUCAGUUCCCCAAGAAGCUCUGAAAUCAAAGGUUCAGAAGCAGACCCUCCGUGUAACAGCAUUGGCCGAACAUAGAGGUAACAAGCAACACUCGUUACCUGGUACUGCAAAAUCUAGGGAGAAGGUAAGAGUUAGUAGGUUCAACAAAAUGGUUGCCCCUGGAAAAGAGAAUGUGACGGGAAAAAUGUCCUUGAGCCAAAACUGCAGCAGCAGAGGGACUAAACUGAAUGUGCCACAAAAGGGUGACAAAACGGUGUUAGUUUGACAAAUGGGAGGAUUUCUUAUUGGAAUUGCAUGCAGAGCUUUUAGUACUUAAGUUCUAUUUCACAAGCGGUAAGCGUGUCUUUCUGUCUGAAAGGAAUGGAAUGUCUUUAAACAAGAACCGAUGCAACAUCCCUUUGAAGAUGUCUCUGUUUUUCUAUCUGAAGAUGUCUCUGUUGGAUGGGUGUCAUUUUUGUGGCUCUCUUUUGAUUAUUAUUUUUUUGGUACUAUAUGCAAUAGUUUUAUACAAUCUGAUUUUUCAACAUACUAUCUAGCAGGGAAAAAUCAGCAGCCCAGGCAAGGGGAAGCAUCCAACAAAUGCGAUUCGGAGGGUCUACCUUCGAUAAACAAGCAUUGCAGGACAGUUUUUGUUUGUACAUAAAUUGCCAACGUAGUCUCAUUAACAUAGAAACGUGGAAUUUCAUUCAAGCUUUACCAGAUUCAAGAGGCAAAUUUUGUUAUCAUGCCUCUACUGACUAUGCCUGUGGCUUUCUUUCGUACAAGUGCUCUUUUAUCUCAGGCUUUGUUAUUUGAGCAUAUACGAAUUGGUGGUC